GAGACAAGGAAACAGAAGAGCAAUAACUCAUUAGCAGAAGGUCUGCACGCGUGCAAUCUGCAGUUUGCCAGAUACCUACAAGGGAGUUUCUUCAGAGUACAGAGAAACGUGUGAACUGUUGGUAUAUUACAAGUCUUUCCUUGAGAUGUCAGUCAAGAGCUGCAAUAGAGCCUUGGUCACUCCUGUGCUCAUUUUCUUCCUGAAGAUACAACUCUCAGUACCAGCGUCGCUGAAUGGGUCAAAAUGGUCCUAUAUCGGUCCUGAUGGAGAGAACACCUGGCCGAAGAAAUAUCCAUUUUGUGGAGGAGUAUUUCAAUCACCGAUAGAUUUUCACAAAGAUAUUCUCCAGUAUGAUUCAAAUCUCUCACCUUUAGAAUUCAUAGGCUAUAAUGUGUCUUCCACCGACCAGUUUACACUGACUAAUAAUGGGCAUUCAGUGAAAAUGCAUCUGUCACCUACCAUGCACAUCAGAAACCUCCCAUUUGAAUACACUGCAUCUCAACUUCACCUGCACUGGGGAAACAGGAACAAGUCGGAAGGCUCAGAGCACACGGUCAGCGGGAAGCACUUUGCAGCAGAGGUGCAUAUUGUACAUUAUAACUCUGAGAAAUACCCAGAUAUAGCAGCAGCAAUGGACAAAGCAAACGGACUGGCCGUUCUGGCUAUUCUUCUUGAGAUUGGACCCUUCAACCCAUCAUAUGAAAAGAUCUUCAGGCACUUCCGGAAUGUGAAAUACAAGGAUCAGAUGGUCCAUGUCCCCGGUUUCAACGUUCAGGAACUGCUUCCUGACAGACCAGAUGAGUAUUAUCGCUACGAAGGAUCCCUGACAACUCCUCCUUGCUACCCAAGUGUUCUCUGGACAGUCUUCCGGCACCCCGUUAAAAUUUCACAAGAGCAGCUGCUGGCAUUAGAAACAGCCAUGUACUGCACAGAGAGUGAUGACCCAGAGCCCCUGGAAAUGGUCAACAACUUCCGAAACGUUCAGGAGUUUCGAGAAAGACUUGUAUUUAUCUCCUUCCGCGAAGGUGUUCUAGUUUCUGUUGUGAUAGCCUGCAUUGUGGGAGUUCUCCUCUUUCUUGUAGUAGCCUGUUGCCUGUGCAGGAGGAAAAGCUGCACAAAAGAAGGGAACCGAGAGGUCACCUACACGCAAGGCACGCAGCAGAAGGAAGAAGCUAUUUCCAAGCUAUGAUGCUGUGCUCUGUCUCAGACACCCCGUUUCAUUCAUAGCACUGACUGAUUCUGCACGAGUGGAACAUAAUGGUGCUCUCUUGUGGAGUGGAGUCUCUUGCUCCUGGCUAAUGAUAAGCUCAGAGUGUUCUAAAAACGUACCAGCCCAAACUUCUACUGGAGCCUUUGUUCUCCUGUUCCAGGGAGAUAUGAUCAGUGAAUACUGAUGAGAGCUAAAUUCCUCCCCACACUUUUUUUCAUGCUGGCUGCUUACUGAGUCUGUGUCUUUUAACUGAUUCUAUAGUUAAUCCUAGACUCCAGAUUCAUGGUUUGUUUAGCAAAGAUUUUCCCACAAGCAUUCAAACUUGAAGACACUGAGCAAGGUACGCAUACUCCUUACUGCUAGGUCAAUGUUUUGGUCUUCGGGUAAUCCAGGAACAGCAUCAUGAAUACAAACAAGAUAGCCAAGGAACAUCCUGCAUUCCGAUUAUUAUAAAUCCUCACAGAUCUGUUAAAAGGGCAUUUUAUCUUAUUUAUCUUAAUAUUCUGCUCUUAUUUGUAGCAUGUAUAUGAAUGAUGUGGGAGAUACCGCCAUUACUGCUGCUUUUUAGCAUGCCACUUCCUAUUUAAUCUUGAAAUCUUGACUGAUUUUAGAGUACAUAUAAUGAAUCCAAUUCUAUUGUAGAUCAUUUCGCUGAUUUAGUUUUUUUUGUUUUCUGAAUUUAGUAAUUUAAUUAUUAGAAGGUAAUUAAAAUUAUCUCCUCAAAUUUCAUAAGUACUCCCGAGUCUCAUUGUGCGGUUUUGAAAGUGAGAAGUAUGCUUCUGCUGGAGGUGAUGUGAACUUGUAUUGAGUUCUGAAGAGCAAGGUUUAACCAGCCUAGCAGCAGGUGCUUACAGAACUCCUCCUGAAUUUGACAGUGAAGAACCUCAGCCCACACAACCAAAAAAUAUACGCUUACUGUAAGGAAAAGUCGCGUGCGAGCAGCUACUAUCAGCCUCCUAAUGUCAACUUCUAUCAGCUUGGUUUCAGCUGGCAGGAUAGACACAGGACUCUUCUACUAAAAGCUGCCAACACUAGGAUCAUAAUAUCUCAUUUUUGCAUUUCAUCCACUAUGAACAGUGUAGUGCUAUGGCACACCUUGCACAACUAAGUGCAUUAACUAAGCUCAUUCCAAAAGUUGCACCGGUCGCAUUAGGUUACAAGAAGUUCUAUAUGGAUCACAUCUCAUGUGUGUAAACAAAAUGUGAAGGAUUACUUCAGGCAAGAAAAUUUUUAUUUCUAAAAAAGCUUAUUAAAUGUAAGAGCUUAGAAAAACCAACGACAACAACAAAGCUUCUUGACUGCAGCUAAGACACUGGCAGAAAAUAGAGCUGUUUUGCAAUUGUGAAGCUUUCUGAGUUCAAGUGAAAUAGCAUUUUUAUUCAUUUUAUAGCAAGAUCAAUGUCUUAAAUCUCAUUUAAUAACUAGCCCUCGACUUUAAAUCUAUUGUCCAUUGCUAAACAUGUAAGCUUCAUAUUUACUCAUUUAUCAUUGCAGAAAGCUGCAACACAGAUGUGUGGUAUCCAUGAGGUCUCAGCUGUGUACUUCUAACAGCUGCUUUACAAAAGUGAAGUUAUAAACAAAGACUGAUUCUUUUCCCCCUAAAUUCAACAAGGCACAAGUUGUUCUCUUUAACUGUGUAGACAGACAACAGAUUAUAUUGGACAUUAUCUGGGAUGCUGGUGGGCUAAAAAGGAAGUCACUCACUCUGCAUCAGGAGCAGCAAGUCCUCAUGAGGACCAGGAUAACAGCGCAUGGCACCGCGCCACCUUCAUCGUGAGGAUGCAAGAAAACCUGCCAAGAAAUUAUAAAGAUAAUUAAACUAAGUAGCAGGAAGGUCAGCAACCAGAGUUCUUCACAUGAGAUGGCUGGUGUUGAACCACUGGGGACAGUGAAGUAAAAGGCAGAUCAUUCUAAUGGAAACAGCUUUUCCAAAAUCCCAGAGUCCCAGAGCGUGCAGUGUCUCUGAGCUGCAUCAGUGAGACAACACAAUGCUCCUCCCUCAAUGGGCACUACUGGCAGAAGCUCCUCUGUCCCGGCUGCUCAGGAAUCUUGUGCAGGCUCAGCCGUUCACCCCAUUUUGUGGAAACUAGCCAGCAGGUUUCAAAGAUACCAAGGUAAGCUGACAGUAAUACAAUCAGUAAUGCAUAACCUGCAAACAUCAAGGCAACAGACUAUAUAAUGCCUUUCUGCCAUGCUUUGCAAAGAUACCACAUGCAGUGAGUGAGCCUUGGCGACACAAACCCACCUGUGCUUUGAAAGAAGCAACAGGGAAAUGCCAUUUCUUCUACAAGUUCCAUGACAGCACAAGCCCUUCUCCCAGAGGGGCUGGGUGAUGUCUGGUAUGUGCAGCAGGAACCUGGGAACAGCAGGGCUUUCAACAGGAUUAUUGCCUGGGACACAGGCUUUCAAAACGCCACGGUGAGAAUCCAUUAUUAACCUGCAAGGACUAUCCUAAUGUCACUUUCACUUCAUUUUUAACUUGGCUUGCCUUCUACUUUCAAAAAGACUAUCAUUUCUGUUCAUUACUAGAAAAUGUAAACUGGAGAGCACUCUACCCUGCAGACUUCAUUAAAAGAGGCCAUGUUUAUAUGUUCCAAAUUUCAAGAAAACUCACAUAAACAGACUCUUUAAACAAAAGGAAACUCUGACACCUUGUUUUUUGUUUUGGCAGCCUGUUCAACAAGUAAACAAUUACAGAGAGAUGUGGAUUGCCUACGCUUUUGGAGCCCAGCAGAAGCCAAGAGAAGGCUCUGCAGCACAGCCCAUCCCUCCACGCUCAGCUCUAGGGCUUGGUGAAGAGCCACGGCCUGCCAUGGAUGGCCUCACGGGGCCACCAGCCUACAGGCAUCAAACAAUAGGCUCUGCUUUCCACUUCUUGAACGUGAGUGGUUAUUACAGGGCUGACUCCUAACAAGUAAGCAGGAAUUAACAAGGAGUUGGUGGCAUGAAAGCCUCGGGGCACCGAGCAGCUCCCAGUGCCAGCUACCUGCUUGGUGGCUGCAGAGCACUUCAUGUAAAGCCUUUCUAACCUUCCCAGAAGCUCACAGUCUGCAUGUGUUCCAACCCAGAGCCAUAGCUGACUUACUGUGCAGCUUUAUUUGUGAUUUUUUUCUGAAGCCUAUGAAAUUGUUCUAUACUUAACCUAACCUGUUUCUCCUUGGCUACUCCUUGAGAAGUAAGCAAAUGCUUUCCACCACACUAAGGCAGCUACACCUGCGCAACACUGCUCAUAACUAGAGAGCUUGGGAAGUCUGCACACUUUCUCUAAAGCACUAGCUUUCUUUGAGAAAAAUACAAAUAUAUUGCACAGCCUCAGGAAAACUGUCUCAAAAAGGAACCCAGAAGUCCAAAUCUUUCGCUUUCUUCUCAAAACGUGCUUAGGAACUGUUAGCAAAAACAAUGAGCAAUUUGCAAUUCCAGAGAGGAGAAACAGCACCACCUAGUGUCGCGCAGAGCAGAGUCAGGAAAGCUGCUGCUGCCUCCUCUACUUCCUCACAACGCCGUGCAAUAGAGCUCGGAAACAAUAGCAAAAGGAAAUGUAAAAAUAAACACGAAUGCCGGGAUGCUUACUGCGGAACAAGGAAUUGAAAGCCAAGCGUUAUUACUCGGGGAUCAUUUUUCUGCCAAACUAUGCACAUGCAGUCUUUGUCACGUUAACACGCUUUUGGAGGCACAUACAGCAUCAUCACCAGAAUGUGAUUUCUGAAAUCUUUAUUUGUAAACACAUGGAGAUAGAGUUCAUUAAAUAUUACCAGCUGUUUCAACCAUCACAGAGACAUCAGCAGAAAUCCACAGGCUCCCACUUGGGGCAAACAAACAUCUUUUACAUUCCCACUUCAUAAGACAUUAAAAAACACAGUUAUAUAGGGUUAUAAGGUAUAUCCAACUUUAUAAAGCCAGGCAGGCAGCAUUGUGGCCAUAUCUCUUCAUAGACAGGGGAGUGUCUUUUACCAGCUCUGCUAAUCCUACAGGCUGCUUUUACAGCACAUGGCAGGACAGCAGAUCUACCAAAGUCUCAUCACCUCCACAGAAAUAAACACGCAGGUUUGGAACAGCACCUUGCAGCAAUGUGUUAAAAUAUACCAACAGCCACUCCACCACAACGCCGGUGAUUUGUGCAGCUCACGUCCAUCCUUUCUGAAGUACAACGACAAUAGCAGAUAACCACAGUGUUACUUCAUGAGAAGUCAUCCAUCGCUGCACGAAUCUGAAAAGCCCAACCCCAGCAAUUCCCACGUUUUUCAUUAACAGCUUCCGUAAACCCAGCAAAAGAAACGUCAGAAACAAGAACAUCAUGCCUUACCUGCCGUUACAUGUCUAAUAUUUAAGGAAAUUUAAAAAAUAAUUGAUUAAUUUGAAUAUUUGUUAAGUGGCUCCGUACAACUUAACACAGUACAGCUGUGCAGCAGAGACAAGCACGGCCUCUUCCUGGCUUUGUUGGCUUUUCUGAAAUAAGUAAUUAAAAAUUCAUUCCACAAGGUAGAUUAGACCAAAACCACACUAACCUUAGGCUUUUUAGCCAUUUCAUAUGCAACAAGGAGGCCACUCAACAGUGCAGGAUAUACUUCGUGUGACUUUGUAGCAAACAAUUAAUUUUAAACAAGUCCUACAGUUCUUAGUGGGUGUCACAGCAGCAAAAACACCCGGCUGCAGCCCAGGGAUGGGCAGGACGGAGCACCCUCUGACUCCGCUAUACGAGGACAACCAGAGCUUUAAAACAAGGCAUGUUUUUCAGUUAUUGAAUUCGAAUUCCAGCCUGAGGGACGAUCAUUUCUCUUCAAAACAAGCAACGUUGGUGACAACGUCAUUACACUUCAACAUAGGAACACCUGGGCUGCCCUCAGGGCUGCACAGGGAGCAGAAAGCAGCAGGGACAGCAGCCAAAAUACACCAAAGGGAGGAACAACGGGAGCGGAGAACCCCGCCACAGCCAUCAUUCCUACUGCAUUACCCACAGGUGGUUAAAAUGUCUGUCCGGGAUCUCAUUAAGGAUCCCCGUGAGGCAAACACGCUGGUUAGGGAGCUGCAGAAUGAAUACCACAAAAGAGGUGUAUUCUAAAUAAAACUAUGUUUCCCAUGACAAUAAAAAAGAAGAUUGGGUUUUUUUCCCCCCCCCCCCACUUUCAAGAAUUAUUAAUGUGGUUUCACCUCUGAUGUGUGAGGGCGGUUAAAAGCAUCACCUGACGGCGGCACACCGAUCACUGCAGCACAGAGCAGCCGGGCCGGCCGCACCGCCUGAGAGCGCGCAGCAAACAGACCAGCUCCGAAACGCCCCUUCCAACGGUUUCCUACCAUCGCCGCCGUCCUCGGGAACGCCUUCCAGGCGCCGAAAGCGAUAGACCCGCCUCGCACGACGUGCCGGAGCCCGGCGGGGCCGCUCGGGGCGGAGCAGCAGGACGCGGCGCACCCCCCGUGACGUGACGGGAAGGCCUCGCGCCUGCGGGGCGCUCUGCGCUGGGCCGAGGCCGCCUCGAGCUCGCGCCACCCGCUUCUCCACAGAACGCUGAGGAAGGCGGUGCGGAACGCGCCCUGAGAGCGCCUCGCGGGCCCGGGCCGCCCCCUGCUGGCGCCACGCCCUGCCGAGAGGAGAGAGCGGGGCGGCGCGCGGGCCGCGCUGGAGCAGUCAAAGCCAUAAAAUGGUGGGGGUGGAGGCGACCGUAAUGCCCCCAACCACGGGCUGGCUGCCCCCAGCGCAGCGCCUUGGGUAUCUCGGGGAUGCGGCACCCCGUGCCUUCGGGCAGCAGUGCCGGAGACUUGAGUGUAAAGUGCAGUUGAGCCCCCGUUUUGCACUUUGCAAAACACACCUAACCACACAACUGUGGGAAACUACUUACAAAUGGUUUAAGACACACGCUUGCCUCUUCCUUGUAUUUUAUUUGUGCAAAGUGUAGGUGUGGCUUUUACAAUCAUCACGCAGCAGGUGAAGCGGCCCAAAAGCAUUCGGUUGCAUUGGAUGUGAGAAGCACGGACAGAGCUGGCUUAAGCUUCUUUGGAUAACGCCAUCCUCCAUCUAGAAGACACCAGAACCAGUUAGCUGCUGUGGUACCUGGAGGGAAAAGAGAUAAAAAGGAAAGAAUAACCCCAAGGAUUUGAAAACAAGAGCGAAAAUAAAUGUUCAACUUUUCCUUUAAGAAAAUGUAUUAACGUAAGCACAAGGAAAGCAUAAAUGGUUCACUGGCUGAAGGAAGAGAUGCGCACAGUGCCAGUGGUCCAACCAAAGUCUGCACACAAAGUAGUGCUGGGAGCUCUCACCAAUGGUCGCCUCACAGAAGAUGCUUAAUAAGAGCUCAACAGUCAAUGAAUAUUGACAGAAUGUGCGUUCACUUUGAAGACAACACAAUCAUAGCAUGACCGGGGUUGGAAAAGACCUCCAGGAUCACCCAGUCCAACCAUCUACCUACCACCAAUAUUCCCCCGCUCAACCAUGUCCCCCAGUACAACAUUUAAACGUUCCUUGAGCACCCCCAGGGUCAGUGACUCCAGCACCUCCCUGAGCAGCCCAUCCCACUGCCUAGGCACUCAGAGAAUAAAUUUUCCCUCAUGUCCAACCUGAACCUCCCCUUUCUAAGGAACUUUAAAAGGAAUUUUAAGACCUGACAUGACAUUGACGACCUAGAUACAGUCCAAAAAGUCUGAAAGAGCCACCAGUCAACUAACUUGGAAAGCGUUAUUCACAAAAAAGGCAGUUUACCAGACCAUAAAAAUAGGUUCCACACAAGUACCAAUAACUCACCCCUGAUCUGUAAGCAUGUGAGAGCUACUUUUGUAGUAACUCCUGGUUCACAGUCAAAAGACAGAUCCAGGAACUGUAAUAAACCACCAGUUUUAUGCAGUGUUAAGUAUACCUGCUACUUCCUUUUAACAAAUGAAGAAUGCUAGUUUAAAAUGCUGUUGGGGCGCAGAUGCACGCCACUCGUUUCUGUUUAAGCUGAAGGACUCACAGAAGUAAUUUUAGCACUGCAAAUUAUCUGUACCCAAUUCAGAUGAAGACAACUGCAAGAUAAGGUUUAAACAGUUGGUCCUAAAGCAGCAAACUUGUCUGCCAGAAGCAGUCUGAGUACAGAAAGCAAACACUAAAAUAACAACAGGCGUUAUCGAGAAGCUAACUCCAGCUUGCUCUUGUGGGAGGCAAAAAGGCACAAAACACUGUUUCAGCUAAAUGCAGGUUACUACAGGAACGUGUAAGAAGCAUAAAUUUUAGAAGCUACUUGUCAUCUCUGGUGAAGCACUCCUCCUAUACACUCACCAGGGUGCCCAACUGGGUGUCUCAACCAUUCACGUGCCUUGAACAGACACAGCUAUUCUUUCCUUUUCUAAUUUCAUACCAAUCAUGACUUAUGGCCAAACCACAUGACUUUUUAAGUCAAAAGCUAUUGAUAAUAUAAUAGCAAACAAUUCUGUCAAAUCCCUCCAUAUACAGUGGUGAAUAAGGUUCGACAAACAGUAUUUAACAUAUUGAUGGUAUUUGUGUCUCAGGUUAUAUAGAAGUAGUAAGAUCAUACCCUUCACCAAGAAAAAAAAUAAUCAAAAAGAAAAGGUGAAGUCAGGGAUAACUAAGUGACUGAAUAGUUCUUACUCAAAUUGGAGACUGUCUCUUAUGUUAGCUUUACUUCCCAAGUACCUUCUGAGCAGCACCUGUACCUUUUCAUGAUACACUGACAAAACACUUCCGUAUGAAACCUGAAGUCACUUGAAUAAUAUACUUAAUUUCUACAAAAAGCAAUCACUCCAGGAAUAAAGGACAUUUCAGAUAUAUCUGAAGAACAGACAAGUUUAGGUGCAAGCAAAACCAUACAAGAACACCUGUGGUUUACCACUGAAGUUACAGCUUCACACAGGCAAGUCAGCUGAACUACUAUCCACAACAGACAUGAGAAACACAGUGGAAAUGCCAACCUUCUAACAACUAUGUGGAAUAUUUCAUACAAAAUACUCCAAAUUCUUUUCAUUACGUAACUUUUAUUUGAGACAUAUUAUUGUAAAAAAGUUCACAUGGAGUAAUAAAACCAUUAGAAUUUAAAGUGGUUUUUUUUGGGGGGAGGGAAUUUUUUUUGUCUAUACACAUCGAUACACAAUGAUUAGGCUUACAGGUUAAUCACAUGACAAGAUCACUUUAUCUGCAGGAGCUUUUCACAUUACACCUUUAAUCAGAGAUAAAAAUGUGCUUAAACACACACAGUAGAACACUUCUAUUUCAAAAUUAAGCAAUUUCUCAAGGACUAUACUUUCUAGUCUGAAUUUAGUAGCUACGUUGCAUUAAAAUAACUGUAAUUGAAGUUUUAUUUGCAAAAACAUCUGUAAGGCCAUAGGAAUGCACUAGAAUACUUAAAUUCACCAGGAACAAGAAAAAUCAGUGGAAAUUCUGCUUUUGUGGAAGAGAGGAAUACAAGUUUUAUUUAUAAUGGCUUAAGAAGCUCAGUGAAUGGAGAAGAAAAAGACCUAUUUAUCAUCACCUACAGACCAAUCCUUAACAAGUUGCAAAAUUUCAGUUACAUUAACAGACAGCAAAAUAACAGGGCAUUUCCACAAAUAACAUUUAUGCAUUUUUACAUAUCAUUCAUGUACUUCAAAUCAGUAUCCAUUCACAAUAUUUCAAUGCAAUAUGUAUGUUCAAUAAUCCUUUUUUCACUUGUGAAAAUGACUAUGACUUCUUAAAUGACUUCAGCGGACUAGAAAGGGAAAUGUACUUACAAUGGAAAUAGUUCAUGUUAAAAAGGGCACAAAAGAGGAAAAAAAAGGAAAAAAACCACAACUACAGAUCUGAAAACUCAACCAGCAUCUUUGAGACUGCCCCCAAAUAGAAAAGUCAGCUAUGUUUCGAGUGGUUUAAGCUUUAACAAUAAUACAACUUCCAGUAAGACAUUCAGUAAAUCAAAUAUUCUAGAUACACUCAACAAAAACAACUUGUGCAUGUUUUGCUGAGCACAGGCUGGAAGCUAAAACUGCAGUGCACUGAGACCACAUUUCUUUCUAAGCCAUUUAGAAAAAUACUGGUCAAGAUACAGUACACAGACACAGGGCAGAGAAAUAUUUCAAAAAACCUCAACAGCAUAAACAGUGGUUUUAUUCCAUUAAAAUCCACCAGAAACAUCUGCUUCUCCUAAAAGCUUAAUGGCAAUUUCUGGAGCAAAACAGAAACACAUUUGUUGCUUCAUGAAUAAUUCUAUGACUUUCAUUCUAAUGAACAUGAGAAUACUAACUAGUUGACUGAGGUAUAGUUGAGUCCUUCAAAAUUUAGGUUAUAUAGGUUUGAGCCAAGUAGCAACAGAGACUGCACAAAACAAUCCUACUGGUAUUAGAAAAGCCUGUAGUACCCAGCAUCUGAUGCCUAGGCAAAACAUGUCAUUUAUCAUCACCCACUUGUCUAAAGCAAAACAUAGCUAAAAAAUUCCCAGUAAAACAUACAGCUGAUUUGCACGCUAAGAUACAGCACGGUUUUCUAUGUCUGACAAGGCAGACUGUAGACAGAAAGAGGUCUAUACUGACCAGAAGUUAGCACACUGACAAAGUGCAGCCACUCAUCCAUUUAAUACUGCUGGAGAACAGGGGUAGGGGCAAAACAGAGAGAAAUCUGCAUUUUACCUUAUCCAUAAGACCACAUGAAAUUAGAAUUCUUCAGUUUCAGCAGGGGACAACAAAAUUGCACUAAAUUC